AUGCUUCUGAACUUAAUGCUUCACUUCCAGAUUGGAAGGCCCGUAAGUGCGUUAAGGAAGCCCUUACAAGAGAGAAAUAAGAUAUAUUCUGUCAGGAAAAAGGCCCAAGAAGUCGCUAAAAGCGAAGAUAAGUGGGAUAUUUUCAUUAAUACUUUAUCUUUGGGACCAAAAGGAAAUAAGGAUGGAGUAAUUGAUGAUAAGGAAAUGGUUGCUUCUAGCUCAAACCAAUCACGAUUUUGUAAGUAUUUAGCAGAGUACGAGGCCGAUCGUGAACUUAUUGAUCGCUAUGCCAAAGAUUCGAAAACCACUACAGCUUCCAACAAAAUCCAGCAAGAGCGGACUGAGAAGCGCUUGGCUAAUCCAGAUAGAACUCCAGAACAUUUCACCUUUGAGAAAGUGCAUAGGAGACUCCAGAAUAUCGAUACUUCUAAAAUUCCCUCUAUGCAGGAUCUCGCGGAUGUGAUAGUAAUGCUAAGCAUGAGGCCUGCUGAAGUAUCAUCUCUCCAGAUUAUUAAUUACAAACCAGAUUCUGAAGAUCCGCCAGCAUGGUAUAAAGCUGGUUAUUCUUGGUAUUGCACUGGAUGUCGUAAACAGAGAGAUAAACCGAUGCCUAGUCGCUUACUCUCUAUGGAAAAAGAUCCAGAACAUGCUAGAGAAUUACUUACCUGGAUUCAAGACACUAUUAAGGCUGGAAAGUUGCGUGAUCCAGUUUAUACUGAAACUGGAAAGAGUAAUAAUUCAUUUCCUUUUUCCUUUUUCUUAAAAAAAAAUAAAAAAAGUGUAGUGAAAAAAAUAGAACCGAAAGAAGUAAACAAAAAAAAAAGAAGAAAAGAUAAAAAAGUUAGAAAUAAUUUAGAAAACGAAAAGAAAACAAAAAAAAAAGAAAAGGACUUACCUGUAUGUGAAACCGAAAUGCCAAAGUGCCAAAGUAGCCGAAGAAAGAACUGGGACCUAAGAGGAAAUAAGUUAGAACGAAGUAAAAAUGAAAAAGAAAACAAAUAUAAACAAAAAGAACCCACCUUAGAACUGAAAUGUGGAACUGAAUGCCAAAGCGCCAAAGUUGCCAAAAAAAGAAUUAGGACCUAA